UGAAGGCGGUUAUGGUCAGUGUAGGCUCCGUCCUCGGCGGGGCUGGUGCGGGCGCGCGCUGCUGGCGACAUGGCUGACACGGACCCGGGCUAUCCUCGCUCGUCCAUCGAGGAUGACUUCAACUAUGGCAGCUGCGUGGCGUCGGCCAGCGUGCACAUCCGCAUGGCCUUCCUCAGAAAAGUCUACAGCAUCCUCUCUCUGCAAGUCCUCCUGACUACAGUGACCUCCGCUCUGUUCCUUUAUUUCCAGCCUCUGCGGACAUUUGUCCAUGAAAGCCCUGCCUUAAUUGUGGUGUUUGCUCUGGGAUCUCUGGGCUUGGUCUUUGCGCUGACUCUGCACAGACACACGCAUCCUCUGAACCUCUAUCUACUCUUUGCAUUUACACUGUCAGAAUCCCUGGCCGUGGCAGCUGUUGUUACCUUCUAUGAUGUAUAUCUGGUUCUGCAAGCGUUUAUAAUGACUACUUCAGUCUUUCUCGGCUUGACUGCCUAUACUCUACAAUCAAAGAGAGAUUUCACCAAAUUCGGAGCAGGGUUGUUUGCUGGUUUGUGGAUUUUGUGCUUGGCAGGAUUCUUGAAGCUGUUUUUUUACAGCGAGACAGUGGAGCUGGUCUUGGCCUCUCUAGGCACCCUCCUCUUCUGUGGGUUCAUCAUCUAUGACACACACUCGCUGAUGCACAGACUCUCUCCCGAAGAGUACGUGAUAGCUGCCAUCAGUCUCUACAUGGAUAUCAUCAACCUCUUCCUGCACCUGUUGAAGUUUCUGGAAGCAGUUAGUAAAAAGUAACUGAGCAGUAUUCAGAGACAGUUUUACUAUGAAAAAAAGUUUGAAUUAUACUUAAAUAUUAAUAUUAAAAGCACUUGUGAUCUUUAA